AUGCAAUUGCGAGCCGUCACCUGCUACAUUCUCGCGACCCCGAACGAGGAAAAGAACGACCUGGGCUCCCGCAUUUCGUCCGUCUUCGUCAUCUUCGCCAUCUCCACUGCCGUCACCUUCUUCCCGGUGCUGGCGGUGCGAGCGCCGAAGCUCAAGAUUCCCCUCUUCGUCUAUCUCUUCGCUAGGUACUUUGGUGCUGGUGUCAUUAUUGCCACGGCCUUUAUCCAUCUCCUCGACCCGGCGUACGCGGAAAUCGGGCCCCAAACCUGCGUGGGCACGACUCAGGGCUGGCGUGGCUACUCAUGGCCACCGGCAAUAGCCUUGUCGUCUGCCAUGAUUACCUUCCUGCUCGAGUUCAUCGCGGAGCGCUGGGUAGAGAAGAAAUACGGCCUGCGUCAUGCCGAGACCGCGCCUAAUGAGCCCGCGCGCUCGGGAUCCGUCGACAUGGCCAUGAUGCGCUACGAGUUGGGACGCCGCCCGUCGGUCUCCUCUGUCAGCCGCCACGCCACUCACCAAAACUUGCACUCCAGCGACCAGGAUGGCCCGAACCCCGCUGCUCUCCCUCAACGCCAGCAAACCGAGAAGAAUGAGACGGCCGUUGCGUUCAAUGAUGCCGGCCUGGGGUCGGAUGUCGACAGCAUUGACGCCGAAAAGAUGACCGACAUCGCCUUUAAGCAACAGAUCACGGCCUUUUUGAUCCUCGAGUUCGGUGUGCUCUUCCACAGCACCAUCAUCGGCCUCGCGCUCGCCACCUCCAGCCCGUCCGACUUUGCCACCCUCUACCCCGUGCUCAUCUUCCACCAGUCCUUCGAGGGUCUGGGUAUCGGCGCGCGUCUCUCCGCCAUCCCCUUCCCCAAGCACCUUCGCUGGAUGCCGUGGGCCCUGUGCGCCGGCUACGGACUCACGACCCCCAUCGCCAUCGCCGCCGGCCUCGGAGUGCGCACCACCUACAACGCCAACAGCUUCACCGCCAACGUGGUCGCCGGCACGCUCGACUCCAUCUCGGCCGGUAUCCUGAUGUACACGGGUUUCGUCGAGCUCAUUGCCCGCGACUUCCUGUUCAACCCCGACCGCACGAACAACGACAAGCAAUUGGCCUUUAUGACCAUCUGCCUCUUCUUGGGCGCGGGUAUCAUGGCGCUGGUGGGCAAAUGGGCUUAG